CCAUUUCAUUCACCAUCAUUGAAAAAAAAAUCUAGUUCUGUUCUGUCACGAAAUUGUAUUUAUUUAAUUUUAGCCAAUGUGUUAUAUUAUUUUUGUUGCUUUAUAUUAAUAGAUUUAUAAUUAAAUUUCAAUUGUUUAGCGUUUAUUAACUGUGCUGGUUAUAUAAUAACGAUAAACAUGUUCGAUGUGUGUUUGUAAUCGGCCACAUAGUUUACUUCGUCGCAGCACGAUCGUCCUAGACUGACCAUUCGUGGUAUUUUUCACGGUGUUCCGUGUCCCGCGAUGUGGUUUAGAUAGUGAUUAAUCAAGUGGUACGCGUGUGAAAUGUCCCAACAUGGAUGCCCAGAGAGACUGUCGAAUAGAUCGAAGGGUUUCCCGGAUGAGAGCGCUGGGCAGGCCACGAUGGAAGUGUUGGUGGAGACCCUGACGGGCACCGCUUUCGAGAUGACGGUGUCGCCCUCCGACACUAUCUUCGCGAUCAAGUCGAAGAUCUUCAGGGUGGAGGGCAUCCCAGUCUCCCAACAGCACCUAGUCUACAACCUGAAAGAGCUAGAAGACGCUGCUUCGCUCCGCGCCCUCGGCAUAUCGGACGGCGCUCGCCUGCGCCUCGUAUUAGGCAUGAGAGGCGGCCCCAUAUCCACACGCCGUCUACCCCCACCCCCUACUGAGCCUUGGAGGGAUAUCGAGCGACUGUUAGACUCGAACAGAGAUGAAGCCUGGUCCCACAGCGGCGCAGGCUGCAAAGUCACCGUACUGGUGUUUCGCGACGGCGAGCGCGUCAACAUGCUCCGCGUGCGAGAGAACAGGGACGGCUCCAUACAGCCCCGAGACCACGACUAUGCGUCACCCCUUUCUCACUCCACGGAACCGACAGCGAGGGACACCGCUACAGGCGGGGCGCGCGACAACGCCGUCACCAUGAACAAGAUGAUGGAGCUGCGGAGACGUAUGGAGACCCUCUCCGUGCGGCGGCGUGCAGACACCAAAGCGGAAAUCCAAAAGACCCGCUCCGAAGAAACUCUAUCCGUCCCCUCUCUCCUCGACGACGGCGCCUACCGCGCCUGCACGCCCGCCCUCUACGACGACUUCCGCGACGGACGACUGUUCGACGAUUGUCGCGACGGGAGGUUAUUCGACGAUUGUCGCGACGGACGAUUAUUUGACGAUUGUCCGAGGGAUGGAAGACUUUACGAAGAUUGUCCAAGGGAAGGACGGUUGUAUGAAGAUUGUCCGCGGGACGGCCGGUAUACGAGGCUGGAUCUUGACUGUGCCUUUGAUCGUUACACGCUGCUACCGCCUAUAGGCAGCAGAACAGACUCCGACCAAUCCGUGGACAGGAUCCAAGAGGUUGACAGCGAGCGCCUCAUGUCCGACGCUCUCGCCGGUUCCAUACUUGUGAAGAGGAGGGACCGAGAAGAAGAAGCCAUCUUGGAGGAGUGUCUAGAGGGUGUCGAGAGUUUGAGGGACUCUCCGCAGCUGGCUGCCGGGGACCUUGCCCCUAUUCCUGCGGCUGAAUAUGGGCCGCUGGUGGGCGGCGCGUGGCGCGCGCGGCCGUUCGGCUCGCACGGCCAGCUGGCGCCGCCGCCGCCGCUCGGCGCCGCCGCGCACUCCGCCUCCUCGCUGCAGCUGCAGCACCCGCCGCUCGGCGACGCGCUCUUCUCCUCCUCCACCAGCGACCUGGAGACCUUGACUAGGAACAGGAUGCUCCCGCUCAGCAGGCACAGAAAUCGCGAGCACCUGCACCUGAGCGACGAGGGCCUCGACGUGUCGCACCGGCCGCGCAACCUCGAGGUGGGCAGCGAGCGGCGCCAGAGAAGGAUCAAGAAGAUCGCAGAACUUGAGAAUUCUAGGCUGUUCCGGUUUGGGGAUUCCUUUGAGGAUGUCGUACAGGAGGUGGAGAAGGAGCCAGAAAAGAAGGAAAUGAAGAAGAUAGCCAGGAUACGGUGCGGGUUCUGCAAGAAGAGGCUGAGCAUCGCCACCGUGCACAAGUGCCGCUGCGGCGCCGAGUUCUGCGCGCCGCACCGGUAUGCCGAGGUGCACGGCUGCCUGUACGACUACAAGGCCAACGCGCACCAGUACCUGCAGCGCGCCAACCCGCUCGUGUCGGCGCCCAAGCUGCCCAAGAUAUAGCCGCGGGGGCUACACAAGGGGGCUACACAAGGGGGCUACACACGGGGGCUACACAAGGUGGCUACACACGGGGGCUACGCGCCACUGCAGGCCUCAACUAAUAUCCUAGUCUUUCCGGAUCCCGAUUGCAAAUAGAGGCGGAUUGCCAAAGAAAACUUUCUAGCCCCAGUAAAUUUACUGCCAUCUUUCGACGCGUGAUUAAAACUUUUAGAACGCCAUUUGACUUUGAUCCUUAUUCUUUCACUGUUAUGUGUUUAAUUUAAUAUCGAAGAGUGGCGCCAUCUUACCGGGCGUCAGCUAAAGGUUAUGACGCCAUCGCUUGAAACGAUGCCACUGUACCUUUGGCCUUUGAUCUAUUAGAUGGCGCCACUUGAUAUUUAACAAAUUUAACAAGUAUCGGUGAAAAAAUAAGGAUUGAAGUCAAAUGGCGUUCUAAAAGUUUUAAUCGUAUGUCGAAAGAUGGCAGUAAAUUUACUGUGGCUACAAAGUUUUCUUUGACAAUCCACCUCUAUUUCAAAUUCUCUUUGCUUCUAUACAGUGGUUACGCUCCAUAAUAAUAUUCAAAUAGCAUCGCCAUCGAGCAGUCGUGUAGACACACGGGCCAUUUAAAUAUAGAACCUGACCACUGUAUAUAAGGUUCGAAUUUCUUUGAGUCUAAGACGGACUUAAAGCAUCAUGGAAGGUAGUCUCUGCAGUAGACUGUACAGUCGUCGACACUGGCUAUCAAAGUGCUAUCAAAUGGCCUAUUGAUUUCAAUAGGUUACUUCAAGACUAUUUCCUUCACCACGCUACGCACUUAAACACAUUAUUAUAAUAUAAACUAUACGUUUUAAAUCAUCACAUUUAAUAUAUUGUGAUGUAUGUAAAAUACAAAAAAAAAAUUGAUCUAUGUGUACAUAUAGCCUUAUGUAUAUCCGUUCUUAUGUUUAAUCGCAUUGCGUUGUUUGGAAAUAGACUAUUGAAUUUCUUAUUAUGACGCAAAUUUACAUGUGUGAAUAACUUCAAAUAACCAUAUAAAAAUGACUUCUACUUUCACGGUAACGUCAAUUUUCCAGAGAAAAUAUACGAAUUAAAAAAUAAAUCGAUCGAUCUGACAGCGAUCCAGAUGUAACUAUAGAUAUUGAUGUACAUAGCUGUCUUGACUAACCCCUUCUUUACACUGAUCUGGAUCGGAGUCGGCCAGUGAUCGAUUUAGACAAGGAAUUAUUGAUAAUAAAAGACAGUGUAAGAAAAAAUCGUAUCUUUAGGGAUCUAAAUAAAAAUAAACAAAUAAUUUGUUCAUUUUCGGGUGGUUAUAAAAUUUAUUGGUUUUUUUUAAAUACUACGUCGGUGGCAAACAAGCAUACGGCCCGCCUGAUGGUAAGCAGCCUCCGUAGCCUAUGUACGCCUGCAACUCCAGAGGAGUUACAUGCGCGUUGCCGACCCUAAACCCGCCCCCCCUCAUUGAGCUCUGGCAACCUUACUCACCGGCAGGAACACAACACUAUGAGUAGGGUCUAGUGUUAUUUGGCUGCGGUUUUCUGUAAGGUGGAGGUACUUCCCCAGUUGGGCUCUGCUCUAGAUCUGGAAUGACAUCCACUGGCUGUGCCCUACCACACAAAGCGACAUGACAUUCACAAUGCCCAUACCUUCUUUUGGACGUAGUUUAAGGACGUACCCGGGUUUGGUUAACCAACCAAAUACAAAACCGCCUGGAUCUGUCACUGAACCUGACUUUAACCUGCAUUAUUUGAUCGUGUAAUGUUUUCGUCUACCCUCAAUUAGUUUAAGGAGCCAUUUGAGGGUAUUUUUAUUAGAUUUUGUUUACUUUUAUUUAACCUAAAGAUACAGAGUAUAUUCAGACUGAUAAAUAGAUGGCGCUGCACUGUGCCGUAUAACACAUCGAGUGCCAGGAACCCGCGCGGCGGGUUCUCGCUUCCUAGUCGCUUUCCUCUACAAAGCGGGAAAACGCUGGUAUCGGCUACUAGCGUAGCGCUACGAAAACGUUGGCAGUGAACGUCAAUUUUUGACAACCAAAGUGACAGCUCCAUCUGCAUGAGCUGUCAAAUUCGGAGUACGAAUUUGUCUUGCACGAGAAAUCUUAUACAAUCAAUGAGUCUUUGAUUUAGCCUAGGUUAUUGAGGUCCGUUAGUAAAUUUACUAAUAUGAAAACCCCAUAUAAUUCACGGAUUUAAUUUUACUGACCAUUGUACACUUCAUAGCAAUAAAAGUGGGUAUAUUUUGUAAUGUUAUGUACAAAAUAUACCGUUUUAUUGGUAGUGACCAACUCAUUAGCUCCUUUACUGAACUAAUUUCAUAAGAAACCCAGUCUUAAAAACGUCAACCUCAGAGUAUUUCACGUGUCUAAUAUCUUGCGUCUCACAUUUUGCCUAAUGAUAGAGUGCGACGCCAUGCACAUUGGACAAAAAAAAUUGGACAGGUGGAAUACCGCCCUAAAGACUGUUUGUCGUAUUUCAGAUUGGGCGAUUUAUUUUAUGACUGGGAAUUUUGCAUUUUAGGUUCUAGUUCUUUAAAGGGGGAAACAUGUAAGGGUGUUACCACACAUACAGAAUGUAAAGAAAAUAGUGGGGAACUGUUUAAGGGCAAAUUCGAUUUUUUUUUUCUAUGGGGCAGGUCGUUCAAAUUGGCCAAACCUCCAUACAAAGGCCAAAAAAGUCCCCACUAUUAUUGUUACAUCCUGUAUGAUCGAUUACUGUGUAUAAAAAUACAGAUAGAUAUGCUGGUAACACUUUGGAAAUUGAGUUAAUAUCCAGCUUAAAAUACUUGAUCGAUAUAUUGACUGAUUUGAUAAUGUGAUCCAUGCUGUCAAGUGUAAUCACAAAAUACGCGGUCAGAACCGUAUACAGGGUGGAAAAAAAAUGUGGGACUUGGAGGGAAAGUACCUUAAACCGUUAAGUUAGCUCAUUUUACUUAAAGGAAACAUCGUUUUAUUUUUAAAAAUAAACAAAACUGCAUUCAAAGAUUUUUUAACAAUUCGCUUGUAUAAAAUAGGGAGCGUGCAUGAACUAUAGGAGGCAGCACAGGAGCCAUCAAAGUUUUAUCAGUGUAGGCCCCAUGGUAAAAGUUGCUCUAUGGACUCUAUGGUCAAUAUACAUAUAUGAAGAUAUACAGCUGGUCAAACAAGUUUGUCAGUGGAAAGAGGCGCCUAUCUUUUUUAAAUUUGCCGCUUUUGUCUAUUGACUGAAAUAGCUUGACAGACUAUAGGGAGCGUGCAUGAACUGUAGGAGGCAGCACAGGAGCCGUCAGAUUUUUGGCGCGAGGCGUAAAUGUGAUGUUUAUUGUUCCGAUGUAGCCCACAAGAUGGCAGAACCUACUAUGCACAAGAAAACACGUGACGUGUAAAUUUACAUAUUUAUUGUUCCGAUUCAGGCCAAAAGGUGGCAGACCCUCCAACGCGCACGGUCCCUAUAUUGUGUACGUUUCGAUGUUAUGACUAUUUUGUACGACACAUGAGUGUAAGACCUAAUGUUUCAGAAAUUUUAACAUUAAUUGUAUCGACUAGUGGAAUAAAAUUGAGAUUUUUUUUACUACGUCGGUGGCAAACAACGGCCCGCCUGAUGGUAAGCAGUCUCCGUAGCCUAUGUACGCCUGCAACUCCAGAGGAGUUACAUGCGCGUUGCCCACCCUAACACUCCAAUUAAUCCAAUUAUUCCUUUUUAUUGCAGUUUUGUUUCUUUUUUUUUAAACAAAUGAAUGUUUCCAUGAAUAAAAUGAGCUAGCUUUAGGUUUUAACCUUUUGAACGCCACGCCUAUCGCACGCGGCGCGUAAUCGUGAACCUUGUCGGUACGCAUGAAGGUUGAUAUUGGGCUGUAGCCGCGCGCGUCAUAUGACGUCUUUGGCGGUCAAAAGGUUAAGGCACUUUCCCUCCAUUGUCCGUUAAUUUUUUCCACCCUGUAUGACACCGCCAAGUAUACUAUUAUUAUUACUAACAUGUUAUUUCUCGGGCGGGAAACGACCAGCUAUAUUAAAUGUUCUUGUCAUAGGGUUAUUGUUACACUGUGUGCCCAUCCGAGCGGGACGUCGGAUGGGGACGCAGCUUUAGUCGUACGUGCUUGUACUAAUGGAGUCAAACGAAUUGUGAUAUAAUAUUCUGACCUAAAUUAAGAAGAAAAUGUUGAAACUUCUGCCACGUGUGAGUUUGUUUUUUUAAUUAAAUAAUUGAGAAAAAAAUGUGAAAAAAAAUGUUACUCUAAAAAAAUGUACCAUUUGCGUUUUGGCCGUCACGGAAUUUGUAUGAAAUAGUAAAUGAAGAGACUACGACAAGUCUGCAACGAUUGCUGUGCGAGUGUUAUUUUAUACGUCAAACGUUUCACAUAUAAAUAACACUUGCACUGCAUGUGCUAUCAAAAUCGUUGCAGAUUUAUCUUGGUCUGACUCUAAAACUUAAUUUGUUAAACGUUUGUAUGAAUGAUAUUAGUUGUGGAUGCUAUAUAAAUUACAUUUGUGCCUAUGCUGUUAGGUGCUGGCAUAUUUUUUUCUUUUAUAUUCUGGUAUAGAAAUGAUGUUUAACCCAUUCAAGCCCAUUGUACCCAAUUGAGUACACCUGGAUUACAGUGUUUGAUUCAAUUUUCUAUUGUAAUCCACCUAAAAUCAUUAGAAAAAUGGUGGGUUUCUAAGAAAUGGGUGUGGGCGCCAAUGGGUUAAAUCGGUGUCUUCAUAAAUUUUACUUAUGAAAGGUUAUAAAUGACAUGGGUAACUUAAACGGGUACUUUCCGUUAGUCGUCUAGAAUUCUACGAAAUGUACUUUUCAGGGUGCGAAAAGAAUCCAACAAUAAAAAGUAACCCCCUUUUUCAUAAACGUGUACUAAAGUUACGAUGCCGCUAAUCAUCGUUUGUCCCUUUCCGACGUAUUGGUAUGAUGGAAAGGGACAAACGAUGAUUAGCGGCAUCGUAACUUUAGUACACGUUUAUGAAUAAGGGGGUAACAUAUUAAGUCCCCGGCGAGCUCGGCCGACCUUUGCAUACAAAAGGAAUUUCGUUCUCAUUUUAACCCUUUACCAGGCUGACAGUUCAAAAAUGACAAUCGAAUGUCAGUCUUACUCAUCGAAAAUAGAACACAUUUUUGAAGAGCCACAUGUGGGAAGUAUAUAUCCCUUGGCCUGGUAAAGGGUUAAAACUACGUGUUGGAUUGUAAUGAAACUUGGCACAUACAAUGACAUUGAGGAUAUGAAAUAGAACAAAAACAAGUUUUGUAUGAAAAUACUGAAGAAGAGAAACUGUGGUAUCUGAAGCUACAUAAACUAAUUACAGUCCUAGAUAUACCUUAUCCUAUUGUAAGUACAAAGUUUCAGAGUAAUCUAGUUAGUCGUUAUAAAAUGAGAGCGUAACUACGUUUGUAUGGAGAACCGAGCUUGCUGGGGACCCUUAGAAACAGAAUUUGUAAGCCUCAUUGUAGCGUUUUUAACCUUUUGACCGUCGCGAAAGACGUCAUAUGACGCGCGCGGCUACAGCCCAAUAUCAACCUUCAUGCGUACCGGCAAGGUUCACGAUUACGCGCCGCGUGCGAAUGGCGUGGCGUUCAAAAGGUUAAAGGGUCGGCAACGCGCAUGUAACACCUCUGGAGUUGCAGGCGUCCAUAGGAUACGGUGACUGCUUACCAUCAGGCGGGUCGUAUGCUUGUUUGCCACCGUCGUGGUAUAAAAAUAAAUAAAAUAAAAAAUUUGGUGCCCCAGUAACGGUCAAAACGCCAACGGUACUAUAUUUCGUGCUAGAUCUCUCGGUUUCUGUAAUUCAUGUAACAUAUGUUGUGUAACACUAGAUUAUUAUGCUUAUAUUUGUUCAUUUCAAAUGUAUUGCUAUAUUCACGUGGGUCGUGGUUUAUAAAAAAUCAACCGUAUCAUCUAACACAUACGGUUCAUUUUGGUAUACUUAAGGCUCGAGUUUUGAGUCCAAUGCGUUCAUCCCAAUUUUGACGUUGAACCAAAAAAUAGGAAUAUAUUUUUUGUAAUAAUAAUAUGAAUACUUUAUUUAAUGGCCUUUUAUUACUGUAAUUAUAGUCAGGUUUGGUGUCAGAAUUGGAAUGGUCGCGAAUAGGUGCAUAUCGAUAUUGUUGAUGUCAAUAAUAUUGAUUAAUAUUGAAUGUGUUUAUAGGACCCGCUUGGGUGUGCCAGAUAAUUUGAUUUUUUUUUCUAGAUUAUUAUUAAGUUUAUAGAUAAUUUUUAUUUGGGUAAAUAAUUUUGGCUGAUUUCGAAAAUAAAUAUUUAUAAUGCGAAAGCGAAA